CCUCCCCCCACCCGGGCCGCUCCCGCGGAGGCCACCCGCCGUGGGCGGACGCGAUGACGCACGGAGUGACGCGACGCGACAGCCGCGUGGGCGUUGGGGCGGCCUCUCGCGCCGUGCGGCCGUUGGCCGGGGGCGGGGCGGUGCCGUGUGCCCGCCCCCCGCCGCCCCCCGCACGGCCGCUGCCCCGGCGCCGCUGCGGGCUGCGACCGCCCGAAGGGAGCCAAGGGAGCCGCCGUCGCCGCCUGGCUGAGCCCUGGGUGUCCUGGGGGCUCGGCGGGAAGCCGAGGCCAGGCAUGGGCCUGAUCUUCGCCAAGCUGUGGAGUCUCUUCGGUAACCAAGAGCACAAAGUAAUCAUAGUGGGACUUGAUAAUGCUGGAAAGACUACUAUACUUUACCAAUUCUUAAUGAAUGAAGUGGUUCAUACUUCUCCAACCAUAGGAAGCAAUGUAGAAGAAAUAGUGGUGAAAAACACUCAUUUCUUAAUGUGGGAUAUUGGAGGACAAGAGUCAUUACGGUCAUCGUGGAAUACCUAUUAUUCAAACACAGAGUUCAUCAUUCUUGUUGUUGACAGCAUUGAUAGAGAGCGACUUUCUAUAACAAAAGAAGAACUUUAUAGAAUGCUGGCUCAUGAGGAUUUACGGAAGGCUGCAGUUCUCAUCUUUGCAAACAAGCAGGACAUGAAAGGUUGCAUGACAGCUGCUGAGAUAUCUGCAUACCUCACCCUCAGCUCCAUAAAGGAUCACCCGUGGCAUAUUCAGUCCUGUUGUGCUUUGACAGGAGAAGGAUUAUGCCAAGGCUUGGAGUGGAUGACCUCCCGCAUUGGAGUGAGAUAGCUUCCCCCCCACCUCCCCCCAAAAAAGAGACUUCUAUUUAUCCUGUGAACAUGUACAUUUUUCUGUACUUCUGGCUGCUGAGGCAGUGACCAUGUUUAAUUUAUAUCAGCCAACCCCUAAGCUGUACUUGAAUCAAGCGCAGUUGAACUGAAACACAAAGUAUUUUCUUAACUUUUUUUAAUACACUAAUCUUCAACUGGAUGAACGUAUGUGAAUCUGUUUUUAAGCAUUGAAAUUCCUCUGAAUAUGUCUUCUAACUUUUUCAAUGAUAGCUUUUUAAAAUCUGUUUUGUCAUUGUCAAUAUUUCAUACUUCCUCUUUCUAAAUAGUUUAUAUAACUUACUAACAUAAAUGAACGCAGUUUGUUUAAUAGUAAAAAAUUAGUGACUAGCUUGACUUUACUCUGGCAUAGCUUUAGCCUCUAAGGAUAACCAUAUCUCCAGCUGCGCUUCCUGGAACAUCAGUAGAGUUCUAGCCAGUACGUGAGUUAAUAGUUAUGAAUGCAAACUUUGAAAUGCUGAACGAGUUAGUUAUUGUUAAUAUCGUGGUGGCUUUUAACCUGGUAUAUAGUUGAACUUCUGCCUUAAAGCAAGUGUAUUUCAUUCUCAGUUUCUCUGGUAAGUAGUUCUAGGACAUGAUUCUUUUACUUGAAAAUACAUCUCUGUACAGUGGAUAAAAAAUUUGUUAUUAAGUGCUGGUUUAGUAAUUUAGAACUUGAAUACCUUUUUAAAAAUAAACCUCUUGAUAAUCAAAUUUGGAAUCUUGGCAGCCAGUGUUAUGUGUAGACUUGCUGUAAUCCGUUAAAAUUUUAAAUACUGUAUACAUGAGCCUUCCUCACCUUUUAGUGAGAGUGCUGUUUUCUAAAUUAAUGCAAAAUCGAAAGGGAAGUCAGUUUUAUAAACAGAAUAAAAUCAUGGUGCUUUAUCUGUAGACUUCAGACUGAAGCUAAUCUUGACAUUUAUUUACCCACUAUCAAAUGUGUUUUCAGAUUCUGUUGCAGAGAAAAUAUUUUGCCUUAAUUUUUGGUUUUAGUCUUAUUUGCAGGAGCAAAGAACUUUUGAUGCUCUUCAAGUUAGACUAAUUCAUCUGAAAUUUAGGAACUGAAAGUUGAAAAAGUAAAUAGCUUCCAUUUGAAAAGCAGGUGGUGAAAGAUUGGACCUAGUAACUUUUAAUUCAGUUUGAAGGGAAUGAAGUUAGAUCUGUAAGGAGAAUCCAAAGCUAUGGAUGAAGUUGAGAAUAUUAGGCACCAAAAAAAAGCCAACCACCAAACAUCCCAAAAAAAAAUGAGGGGAAAAAAAAAAGAAAACAAAACCAAUAGCGGACACCCAAUUCCUAGUUGAAAUCACAGUAUCAGUCAGGUUUCUAACCUAAAUAAAUGCUUGGCAGACUUUCCAAAAGCGCCAUUCUGCACUUUUGCAUGCCUAAAAAACACGUGGAGUCUGGUUACUAAAACCAUUAUGCUAAUUGACUGUAAGCCUUUAAUGACAAAAUGUUUUUGUUAAAUCUUGUUUUGAGAAUUCAAGCACACUGAGUUUUCUUUAAUAAAGUUUUAAGUUUUGUAAAUUUCAA